AUGGUGCCAUCUAAUUUCCUACCAUUUGGAAACGGAGAAAUAGUAACCCCCCGUUUGGAGAAUGGAAGCUCUGAAGCCAUUACAUUGCUGCAGCCUUUCAGGUUUUUUGGACGCACACUCAACCAGACCUUUGUCAACAACAACGGCCACCUAACGUUUACUGAGCCGCUGUCCGACUACAUUCCCCUUCUAAAUUCUGGAAGAGACAUCAUUGCUCCUCUCUGGACUCAACUUGACAAUCGACGUGGUGGAACUAUCUCCUGUAGAGAGGAUAGAAGCAGUUCUGUUCUGGCACUAGUCACUGCAGCUAUAGACCGAUACUUCCCUAACAUAACGUUUGUCGCUACAUCCGCUUUUGUGGCUACCUGGGAUAGUGUGCCAUACCAAAAUGGUGAAGGGGAGGCCACAUUCCAAGUGGUUUUAGUCUCCAACGUCCAUCGCUCUUUCAUCCUCAUCAACUAUGGAGACAUUGCACGGACAGAACAAAAGUGGCAGGCUGGUUACAGCACGUUGGACUCUGUCCGUUCGUUCACAGUUCCAGUAACCAGCGUCCAAGAACUCUCAUCUAGCAGCAAUAUCAAUGUGAAUGGUCGCCUCUCUUUCCAUGUGGAUGGUUCACCGAACUUGCCAACAAAUUUCCUUGCUUCUGGGGCUGGAGACACAGUGAACCCCCCUGCUGAGGAUGGAAGCUCUGAUGUCAUUUUCUUGCAGCAGCCUUUCAGAUACUUUGGACGCACAUACAAUCAGAUCUUCGUGAACAACAAUGGCUACUUGACGUUUACUGAGCCGCUGUCUGCCUACAACCCCGUUCUGGAGACCGCAAGAGAUAUCGUUGCUCCUCUUUGGACUCGCCUUGACAAUCGACGGGGUGGAACUGUCUCCUACAGAGAGGAUACAAGCAAUGCUGUACUGGCACAAGUCACUGCGGCCAUUAAGCAGUACUUCCCUAACAUACCUUUUGCUGCUACAUCAGCUUUUGUGGCUACCUGGGACAGUGUGCCGUACCACAACGGUGGAGGGGUGGUCACUUUCCAAUUGGUUUUAGCGUACAAUGUUCAUCGCUCGUUCAUCCUCAUUUAUUAUGGAGAUGUUGCAGAAACAGGACAACUUUGGCAGGCUGGCUAUAAUACUGUGGACUCUGCAAGCUCUUUCACAAUUCCAGCAGCACGUGUCCCUGAACUCUUAUCGAGCAGUAAUAUCAAUGUGAAUGCUUCCUGGUCUUUCCAUGUUGAUGGGUCACCAAACCUGCCAUCUAAUUUCCUACCAUUUGGAAACGGAGAAAUAGUAACCCCCCGUUUGGAGAAUGGAAGCUCUGAAGCCAUUACAUUGCUGCAGCCUUUCAGGUUUUUUGGACGCACACUCAACCAGACCUUUGUCAACAACAACGGCCACCUAACGUUUACUGAGCCGCUGUCCGACUACAUUCCCCUUCUGAAUUCUGGAAGAGACAUCAUUGCUCCUCUCUGGACUCAACUUGACAAUCGACGUGGUGGAACUAUCUCCUGUAGAGAGGAUAGAAGCAGUUCUGUUCUGGCACUAGUCACUGCAGCUAUUGACCGAUACUUCCCUAACAUAACGUUUGUUGCUACAUCCGCUUUUGUGGCUACCUGGGAUAGUGUGCCAUACCAAAAUGGUGAAGGGGAGGCCACGUUCCAAGUGGUUUUAGUCUCCAACGUCCAUCGCUCUUUCAUCCUCAUCAACUAUGGAGACAUUGCACGGACAGAACAAAAGUGGCAGGCUGGUUACAGCACGUUGGACUCUGUCCGUUCGUUCACAGUUCCAGUAACCAGCGUCCAAGAACUCUCAUCUAGCAGCAAUAUCAAUGUGAAUGGUCGCCUCUCUUUCCAUGUGGAUGGUUCACCGAACUUGCCAACAAAUUUCCUUGCUUCUGGGGCUGGAGACACAGUGAACCCCCCUGCUGAGGAUGGAAGCUCUGAUGUCAUUUUCUUGCAGCAGCCUUUCAGAUACUUUGGACGCACAUACAAUCAGAUCUUCGUGAACAACAAUGGCUACUUGACGUUUACUGAGCCGCUGUCUGCCUACAACCCCGUUCUGGAGACCGCAAGAGAUAUCGUUGCUCCUCUUUGGACUCGCCUUGACAAUCGACGGGGUGGAACUGUCUCCUACAGAGAGGAUACAAGCAAUGCUGUACUGGCACAAGUCACUGCGGCCAUUAAGCAGUACUUCCCUAACAUACCUUUUGCUGCUACAUCAGCUUUUGUGGCUACCUGGGACAGUGUGCCGUACCACAACGGUGGAGGGGUGGUCACUUUCCAAUUGGUUUUAGCGUACAAUGUUCAUCGCUCGUUCAUCCUCAUCUAUUAUGGAGAUGUUGCAGAAACAGGACAACUUUGGCAGGCUGGCUAUAAUACUGUGGACUCUGCAAGCUCUUUCACAAUUCCAGCAGCACGUGUCCCUGAACUCUUAUCUAGCAGUAAUACCAAUGUGAAUGCUUCCUGGUCUUUCCAUGUUGAUGGGUCACCAAACCUGCCAUCUAAUUUCCUACCAUUUGGAAACGGAGAAAUAGUAACCCCCCGUUUGGAGAAUGGAAGCUCUGAAGCCAUUACAUUGCUGCAGCCUUUCAGGUUUUUUGGACGCACACUCAACCAGACCUUUGUCAACAACAACGGCCACCUAACGUUUACUGAGCCGCUGUCCGACUACAUUCCCCUUCUGAAUUCUGGAAGAGACAUCAUUGCUCCUCUCUGGACUCAACUUGACAAUCGACAUGGUGGAACUAUCUCCUGUAGAGAGGAUAGAAGCAGUUCUGUUCUGGCACUAGUCACUGCAGCUAUUGACCGAUACUUCCCUAACAUAACGUUUGUCGCUACAUCCGCUUUUGUGGCUACCUGGGAUAGUGUGCCAUACCAAAAUGGUGAAGGGGAGGCCACGUUCCAAGUGGUUUUAGUCUCCAACGUCCAUCGCUCUUUCAUCCUCAUCAACUAUGGAGACAUUGCACGGACAGAACAAAAGUGGCAGGCUGGUUACAGCACGUUGGACUCUGUCCGUUCGUUCACAGUUCCAGUAACCAGCGUCCAAGAACUCUCAUCUAGCAGCAAUAUCAAUGUGAAUGGUCGCCUCUCUUUCCAUGUGGAUGGUUCACCGAACUUGCCAACAAAUUUCCUUGCUUCUGGGGCUGGAGACACAGUGAACCCCCCUGCUGAGGAUGGAAGCUCUGAUGUCAUUUUCUUGCAGCAGCCUUUCAGAUACUUUGGACGCACAUACAAUCAGAUCUUCGUGAACAACAAUGGCUACUUGACGUUUACUGAGCCGCUGUCUGCCUACAACCCCGUUCUGGAGACCGCAAGAGAUAUCGUUGCUCCUCUUUGGACUCGCCUUGACAAUCGACGGGGUGGAACUGUCUCCUACAGAGAGGAUACAAGCAAUGCUGUACUGGCACAAGUCACUGCGGCCAUUAAGCAGUACUUCCCUAACAUACCUUUUGCUGCUACAUCAGCUUUUGUGGCUACCUGGGACAGUGUGCCGUACCACAACGGUGGAGGGGUGGUCACUUUCCAAUUGGUUUUAGCGUACAAUGUUCAUCGCUCGUUCAUCCUCAUCUAUUAUGGAGAUGUUGCAGAAACAGGACAACUUUGGCAGGCUGGCUAUAAUACUGUGGACUCUGCAAGCUCUUUCACAAUUCCAGCAGCACGUGUCCCUGAACUCUUAUCGAGCAGUAAUAUCAAUGUGAAUGCUUCCUGGUCUUUCCAUGUUGAUGGGUCACCAAACCUGCCAUCUAAUUUCCUACCAUUUGGAAACGGAGAAAUAGUAACCCCCCGUUUGGAGAAUGGAAGCUCUGAAGCCAUUACAUUGCUGCAGCCUUUCAGGUUUUUUGGACGCACACUCAACCAGACCUUUGUCAACAACAACGGCCACCUAACGUUUACUGAGCCGCUGUCCGACUACAUUCCCCUUCUGAAUUCUGGAAGAGACAUCAUUGCUCCUCUCUGGACUCAACUUGACAAUCGACGUGGUGGAACUAUCUCCUGUAGAGAGGAUAGAAGCAGUUCUGUUCUGGCACUAGUCACUGCAGCUAUUGACCGAUACUUCCCUAACAUAACGUUUGUUGCUACAUCCGCUUUUGUGGCUACCUGGGAUAGUGUGCCAUACCAAAAUGGUGAAGGGGAGGCCACGUUCCAAGUGGUUUUAGUCUCCAACGUCCAUCGCUCUUUCAUCCUCAUCAACUAUGGAGACAUUGCACGGACAGAACAAAAGUGGCAGGCUGGUUACAGCACGUUGGACUCUGUCCGUUCGUUCACAGUUCCAGUAACCAGCGUCCAAGAACUCUCAUCUAGCAGCAAUAUCAAUGUGAAUGGUCGCCUCUCUUUCCAUGUGGAUGGUUCACCGAACUUGCCAACAAAUUUCCUUGCUUCUGGGGCUGGAGACACAGUGAACCCCCCUGCUGAGGAUGGAAGCUCUGAUGUCAUUUUCUUGCAGCAGCCUUUCAGAUACUUUGGACGCACAUACAAUCAGAUCUUCGUGAACAACAAUGGCUACUUGACGUUUACUGAGCCGCUGUCUGCCUACAACCCCGUUCUGGAGACCGCAAGAGAUAUCGUUGCUCCUCUUUGGACUCGCCUUGACAAUCGACGGGGUGGAACUGUCUCCUACAGAGAGGAUACAAGCAAUGCUGUACUGGCACAAGUCACUGCGGCCAUUAAGCAGUACUUCCCUAACAUACCUUUUGCUGCUACAUCAGCUUUUGUGGCUACCUGGGACAGUGUGCCGUACCACAACGGUGGAGGGGUGGUCACUUUCCAAUUGGUUUUAGCGUACAAUGUUCAUCGCUCGUUCAUCCUCAUCUAUUAUGGAGAUGUUGCAGAAACAGGACAACUUUGGCAGGCUGGCUAUAAUACUGUGGACUCUGCAAGCUCUUUCACAAUUCCAGCAGCACGUGUCCCUGAACUCUUAUCGAGCAGUAAUAUCAAUGUGAAUGCUUCCUGGUCUUUCCAUGUUGAUGGGUCACCAAACCUGCCAUCUAAUUUCCUACCAUUUGGAAACGGAGAAAUAGUAACCCCCCGUUUGGAGAAUGGAAGCUCUGAAGCCAUUACAUUGCUGCAGCCUUUCAGGUUUUUUGGACGCACACUCAACCAGACCUUUGUCAACAACAACGGCCACCUAACGUUUACUGAGCCGCUGUCCGACUACAUUCCCCUUCUGAAUUCUGGAAGAGACAUCAUUGCUCCUCUCUGGACUCAACUUGACAAUCGACGUGGUGGAACUAUCUCCUGUAGAGAGGAUAGAAGCAGUUCUGUUCUGGCACUAGUCACUGCAGCUAUUGACCGAUACUUCCCUAACAUAACGUUUGUUGCUACAUCCGCUUUUGUGGCUACCUGGGAUAGUGUGCCAUACCAAAAUGGUGAAGGGGAGGCCACGUUCCAAGUGGUUUUAGUCUCCAACGUCCAUCGCUCUUUCAUCCUCAUCAACUAUGGAGACAUUGCACGGACAGAACAAAAGUGGCAGGCUGGUUACAGCACGUUGGACUCUGUCCGUUCGUUCACAGUUCCAGUAACCAGCGUCCAAGAACUCUCAUCUAGCAGCAAUAUCAAUGUGAAUGGUCGCCUCUCUUUCCAUGUGGAUGGUUCACCGAACUUGCCAACAAAUUUCCUUGCUUCUGGGGCUGGAGACACAGUGAACCCCCCUGCUGAGGAUGGAAGCUCUGAUGUCAUUUUCUUGCAGCAGCCUUUCAGAUACUUUGGACGCACAUACAAUCAGAUCUUCGUGAACAACAAUGGCUACUUGACGUUUACUGAGCCGCUGUCUGCCUACAACCCCGUUCUGGAGACCGCAAGAGAUAUCGUUGCUCCUCUUUGGACUCGCCUUGACAAUCGACGGGGUGGAACUGUCUCCUACAGAGAGGAUACAAGCAAUGCUGUACUGGCACAAGUCACUGCGGCCAUUAAGCAGUACUUCCCUAACAUACCUUUUGCUGCUACAUCAGCUUUUGUGGCUACCUGGGACAGUGUGCCGUACCACAACGGUGGAGGGGUGGUCACUUUCCAAUUGGUUUUAGCGUACAAUGUUCAUCGCUCGUUCAUCCUCAUCUAUUAUGGAGAUGUUGCAGAAACAGGACAACUUUGGCAGGCUGGCUAUAAUACUGUGGACUCUGCAAGCUCUUUCACAAUUCCAGCAGCACGUGUCCCUGAACUCUUAUCGAGCAGUAAUAUCAAUGUGAAUGCUUCCUGGUCUUUCCAUGUUGAUGGGUCACCAAACCUGCCAUCUAAUUUCCUACCAUUUGGAAACGGAGAAAUAGUAACCCCCCGUUUGGAGAAUGGAAGCUCUGAAGCCAUUACAUUGCUGCAGCCUUUCAGGUUUUUUGGACGCACCCUCAACCAGACCUUUGUCAACAACAACGGCCACCUAACGUUUACUGAGCCGCUGUCCGACUACAUUCCCCUUCUGAAUUCUGGAAGAGACAUCAUUGCUCCUCUCUGGACUCAACUUGACAAUCGACGUGGUGGAACUAUCUCCUGUAGAGAGGAUAGAAGCAGUUCUGUUCUGGCACUAGUCACUGCAGCUAUUGACCGAUACUUCCCUAACAUAACGUUUGUUGCUACAUCCGCUUUUGUGGCUACCUGGGAUAGUGUGCCAUACCAAAAUGGUGAAGGGGAGGCCACGUUCCAAGUGGUUUUAGUCUCCAACGUCCAUCGCUCUUUCAUCCUCAUCAACUAUGGAGACAUUGCACGGACAGAACAAAAGUGGCAGGCUGGUUACAGCACGUUGGACUCUGUCCGUUCGUUCACAGUUCCAGUAACCAGCGUCCAAGAACUCUCAUCUAGCAGCAAUAUCAAUGUGAAUGGUCGCCUCUCUUUCCAUGUGGAUGGUUCACCGAACUUGCCAACAAAUUUCCUUGCUUCUGGGGCUGGAGACACAGUGAACCCCCCUGCUGAGGAUGGAAGCUCUGAUGUCAUUUUCUUGCAGCAGCCUUUCAGAUACUUUGGACGCACAUACAAUCAGAUCUUCGUGAACAACAAUGGCUACUUGACGUUUACUGAGCCGCUGUCUGCCUACAACCCCGUUCUGGAGACCGCAAGAGAUAUCGUUGCUCCUCUUUGGACUCGCCUUGACAAUCGACGGGGUGGAACUGUCUCCUACAGAGAGGAUACAAGCAAUGCUGUACUGGCACAAGUCACUGCGGCCAUUAAGCAGUACUUCCCUAACAUACCUUUUGCUGCUACAUCAGCUUUUGUGGCUACCUGGGACAGUGUGCCGUACCACAACGGUGGAGGGGUGGUCACUUUCCAAUUGGUUUUAGCGUACAAUGUUCAUCGCUCGUUCAUCCUCAUCUAUUAUGGAGAUGUUGCAGAAACAGGACAACUUUGGCAGGCUGGCUAUAAUACUGUGGACUCUGCAAGCUCUUUCACAAUUCCAGCAGCACGUGUCCCUGAACUCUUAUCGAGCAGUAAUAUCAAUGUGAAUGCUUCCUGGUCUUUCCAUGUUGAUGGGUCACCAAACCUGCCAUCUAAUUUCCUACCAUUUGGAAACGGAGAAAUAGUAACCCCCCGUUUGGAGAAUGGAAGCUCUGAAGCCAUUACAUUGCUGCAGCCUUUCAGGUUUUUUGGACGCACCCUCAACCAGACCUUUAGAGGAUAG